AAUCUAGUCUCCAAAAAAACCAAAUUAAUGGAUGAAGAAUAGUUUAAAGAUUUUUUAAUUAAUGUUAAUGGUUUAUAUAUUAUUCUACGCAUCACCGCAACCUCCGCAAUACUCCGCCGGCGACACUACCUCCUUCUUCUCCGAUCAAACCCUAACCCAAAACCACCACAAUCCUCUCUAACCACCACCACCAGCAACACUAUUCUUUCCAUUCCAAUGGCAACCACCCUAACCCUUCCACAACACACUCAUUUCCCUCUCAGAACCCUCACACUCACUCUCCCCUCUCAUCUCACACACUCCUUCUCCUCUCUCCCUCUCCCACAACAACAACAACAACCCUCCCCCUCUUCUUUCCCAGACGCAUUCCUAAUCGACAAACUCCUCUUCCGCUUCAAACAAGGCGACUUCUCCUCCCUCCGCAACCACCUCCUCCGCUCAAACCCUUCUUCAACCCUAAUCCCUCAACUUCUCCAAAAAUGCCAAAACUACCCUCUCCUACUCCCCAAUCUCAUCCAAACCAUAGCCUCCACCUCUCCAAAUCCAACCAUCACUGCCCCAAUGGUUCACUUUCUAGUCCAAUCCAAGAACCUCCCAGAAGCUCAGUCUCUCCUCCUCAGAAUCAUCCGAAAAAGCGGCGUUUCGCGUGUAAUCGAUUCUCUUGUUUCGAAUUCUCAAUAUAGCACUGUUGUUUUUGAUCUGUUGAUUAGAACAUAUGUUCAGGCUAGGAAACUAAGAGAGGGUUCUGAGGCGUUUAGAAUUUUAGCUGGAAAAGGUUUAUGUGUUUCGGUUAAUGCUUGUAAUGCUCUUUUAGGUGCAAUUGUUAAGGUUGGUUGGGUUGAUUUGGCGUGGAGUGUGUAUGAGGAUUUUGUGAAGAGUGGGAGUAAGGUUAAUGUUUAUACUUUGAAUAUUAUGGUUAAUGCAUUGUGUAAAGAUGGUAGAUUGGAUAAUGUUAAGGGUUUCUUGGAUGAGAUGGAGGGAAAAGGGGUUUAUCCUGAUCUUGUAACUUAUAAUACUCUGAUUAAUGCUUAUUGUCGAAGGGGGGUUGUUUCGGAGGCGUUUCGGUUGGUGGAUUGUAUGGCUGGUAAAGGGUUGAAGCCUGGGCUUUUUACUUAUAAUGCUUUGAUUAAUGGUUUGUGUAAGGAGGGGAGUUAUGAGAGAGCGAAGUGUGUUUUGGAUGAGAUGUUGGGGGUUGGGUUGUGUCCUGAUGCUGCGAGUUUUAAUCCGAUGUUGGUGGAGAGUUGUAGGAAGGAGGAUGUUUGUGAGGCGGAGAGGGUUUUUAAUGAAAUGUUGCGGCGUGGAGUUGUUCCUGAUUUGAUUAGCUUUAGCUCGAUUGUUGGGGUGUUUUCUAGGAAUGGGGAACUUGGUCGGGCGUUGGCGUAUUUUGAGAAGAUGAAAAGUGUUGGGUUGGUUCCUGAUACGGUUAUUUAUACGAUUCUUAUUAAUGGGUAUUGUAGGAACGGUGAUGUGACCGGUGCACUGAAAAUGCGGAAUGAGAUGGUGGAGCGGGGUUGUGUUAUGGAUGUGGUUACGUAUAAUACUCUGUUGAAUGGAUUGUGUAGGGGGAAAAUGCUUGUUGAUGCUGAUGAGCUGUUUAAGGAGAUGGUGGAAAGGGGAGUUUUUCCCGAUUUCUACACUCUAACAACUCUUAUUCAUGGAUAUUGUAAGGAUGGAAACAUGACUAAAGCACUUAGUUUGUUUGAGACUAUGACUCUGAGGAGCCUUAAGCCUGAUGUCGUGACGUAUAAUACAUUGAUGGAUGGCUUUUGCAAAAUAGGUGAAAUGGAGAAAGCUAAGGAGUUGUGGCGUGAUAUGAUAAGCAGGGAAAUAUUUCCCAACUACAUAUCGUUUAGCAUUUUGAUAAAUGGAUUUUGCACUUUAGGUCUUGUGUCCGAAGCUUUCAGGUUGUGGGAUGAAAUGAAAGAAAAAGGUAUUAAGCCCACGCUAGUUACCUGCAACACCAUAAUAAAAGGCUAUUUGCGAGCUGGCAGUGUGUCAAAGGCAAAUGACUUCUUGAACAAGAUGAUUUCAGAAGGAGUUUUGCCUGAUUGCAUAACGUAUAAUACUCUUAUAAAUGGUUUCGUAAAGGAAGAGAACUUUGAUAGAGCUUUUUUCUUGAUUAGUAACAUGGAAGAACGAGGGCUGCUACCUGAUCUCGUCACAUACAAUGCAAUUCUUGGUGGAUUUUCUAGGCAAGGUAGAAUGCAAGAGGCUGAGAUGGUAUUACAUAAGAUGAUUGAUAAGGGUAUCAAUCCUGAUAAAUCAAUUUACACAUCACUAAUAAACGGGCAUGUCUCUAAAGACAACCUGAAAGAGGCAUUCCGUGUCCAUGAUGAAAUGCUGCAAAGGGGAUUUGUCCCAGAUGACAAAUUCUAGAAACUUUACCCUUAAAGCUGCUACAACAUUACAGCUCUUUUGGUCUAAACUGACUAGGCAUUUCACAUGACAAUUGCAUGGAGUUCAUUGUUUCUAUAUCGUUGAAGCAGAAACCUUGAAGUCGUUGCAAUUACGAAGCAUAGCAUGGGAGUUAAAGCAUGCUUCCUUGCUCUUAUGCUUGAGAAUGGUUGACAGUCACCACCUAAUGUCUGGCUCAAGUACAUUUUAUUUCCAGCUAUCCCUAUUUCGCAUUCGCGAAUCUCUUAGCAUUUAUAUGCAGAAGUGACAAGGAAUUGGCAGUGGCUGGUUAAACCAAAUAUACUCAUUUUCAUAUCUGGAGUAUGGUGAAACACGCACAGCCAUUUUGUUAGUUAAACAAACAAGCAACAAAACAUAGAGUCUAUUCUUUUAAGAUGAUCCAUAUGAGGUUGCUUUCCCAAUUUUGAUUUCCUGAAAUCUGAUGGUGAAUCAUAUAUCAUCUGACUCUGGUAUUGUUAGUUGAUUUACUGGUAUAUCUCACUAGUCAAGAGGGAUGCAAACUUUUUAGUAUACAGAUUGCAGCUCGAGCUUCCUCCAGUUCUUCAUCAUUGCUCAUAUCUUGCUUAGAAUUGUGUACAUGUAAGUUGUACAGGUUUUAGUUCAUGUAUAUGCACACAGAUAGUAGUUUCCUGAUUAACAAGUGAUGUGAAGUUGUAUGAUCAAUGAUAAACAAUCCUUCUGAAGCAAGCUGCAGAUAAUUGCAACCUAACUUUUGGCUUACAUCAUAUUUUUAGACAUUUUUUGAAGUAGUGAAUGAAAAGCCAAGCUUGUUGUAUCAGGUUGAUUCCACUGGUUAUUUUGUUUGCUAUUAUUGUAUCAAAAUACACUUCGAUGCUCGUCUGAUAUGCAAAGCAACAAUGUGUAAAUUAUUAAGAACUCUUUUUUUUUUUUUUUGUGUAGAAAACUUUUGAAGAGAUGUAUAUGGCGGGGGUUGGAAUUUGGAUUUUGAAUGAGCCCAUUAAUACUUUGUCAUGUGGAUUUCUCUGUUUAUUUUGGGCUAGUUGACCAGGCCAAAUUAUAAUUUCAAGUGCAGGAUAAAUAGAAAAGAGCAUUGUUAAAUGUACCCCACCUUACAAUUGGUACAUUUUCCUCAUUUUGGAAAAAACACAUAGUUAACAUAGGUACUGUAAACUUCAGAUUCAUAAGACUCUAAACUUGUAAAAAAAUUUGUUCCUAAAGUUUAUGGUAAGAAAAACAAAAAGGGUAUGAGAUAGUAUUUGUUAUAAAUAAAUGUAGGUAAUCAACACAUC